ACGGAAUCACCAACAGAAACUGGAGAAGGAAGUUUUCCAAGUGGACAGUUAACGGGUCAUUACUGACCAUUAGUCGAGGAAGAUACUGCAAUUCUUCUUCUUAAAUAAAUAUAAAAUAAUCUGGGAAUCUACAGGGCCUCACCCUUCUUUGCCGAUCUUUUUUUUGGCAGCGACAAUGCAAGAUGUGUCAGACCCAUCGCCCGCUCAGGCUUUUGAAAAGGACGCGUUUCAGCUCAAGGUGGAGGACGUGUAUGACAUCUCCUAUAUUAUCGGCAGGGACCUGCUGAAGAUCACCCAGCCGGCUGACGUGGUCUCCGAGUUGCAGUUCAAGAUCGUCCGGGUGCUGGAGAUGUUCGAAGCGCUGGUGAAUCGGUACAGCCUGACCGUGGAAGAGCUCAAAAUGGAAAGGGACAAUCUGAAAACCGAGUUGGACAGGAUCCUGGGUAACUGUGCAAACGGGCAGGGAACGCAAUUGCUGGGGCCAGACAAGCUUGUAGUGGAUCUAAAGGACCCCAAUCGGCCUCGUUUCACCAUGGAGGAGCUGAAGGAGGUGCUGCAGGAACGGAAUCAGUUGAAGACCCAACUUCUUCUAGCCCAGGAGGAGUUGCAACUCUAUAAAAGCGGCGUUUUGCAGCAGCCUGAGCCGUCCAUGGCCGACAUAGACCUGGAACCCAGAGUGGCCGAGGCCUCAAAUGCCAAAAUUGAGACAAAGGAAGGACCUAAAGAAGAGAAGACAACCAUUCGAAAGCUGUUUUCCUUCACAAAAAAAUAACCAUCGUGAGCACCAAGACGUCACCACGAGUGACCCAGCCUGGAUUUAACAGAACUGGACUUUUUACACAAAACACGUCACAGCCCACGGUGCAGGAUGGCAUCGUGUCAGAUGAGGAUAUGGAGCUUGCAGGACUUUAAGCUCAAUGAGACAGCCAAUGUGCCAAUUACCAUUAUUGCCUUGAAACUGAACUGAGGACUGGCCUGAAACAUGGCUGGGUGCUGCAGUGAGAGAGGCAGGACACUUCUGGUAAGGCCCCCACAUCUGGAAAGGCGAUACAUUAACAAUGGCAGCUGUGAUGUCAGUGAAUGGGAGAAAUGAAGCAGUGAAACCUAUAACAGAUGAGAUCAAAUUUUAAUCAGUUCACUUGUCAUUUGUUAAACCAGACAGUGGUUGACUGAGCACAGUCAUCCCCAUGCAACUGUGGGGUUUCAUUGUCACAAUCUUCCUACAGCUGGUAGUAGAGUUAAGUUCAAGCUCAACAGAUGUCAUUAUUCUAACACAUAUCUCCCAUUUAAAAGGUAGACUUUUAAUGUUGAUUUUUAAAAACAUUCCAAAUGCCUUAACUUCCACAUCCAAGAGGCUCAGUUUGACUUUUUUUGUAACGGGGAUGGGUUUCAAGCAGCAAUAACCAAUGAACGACAGAGUACACCUA